GGAGGUUAUUUUGAGGGGCUCGUGUUGUCAGCUGUUGUCUCAAAUGCUUGUUGGACCCUCCUCACUGCUCUUUUACUCUGAUAAAACUCUGGACUGGACUGCUUCAUUGUCCUACUUUCCUGUUUUCUGAUAAAACUUAAAGAGAAACGCGUAGGCAGAUGAUGGAGGGCAGUGACCAGAUCUCUGAAAACGUCAAUGAACAAGUCAAUGAAUCCGAGGAGCAGCAGGUGGACCCGAUGGAGGACUUUAGCAGGCAGUUAGAAGAUAUCAUCAACACGUAUGGGUCGGCGUCCAGUCUCAUGCAGGAGCAGAUCUCCAUCCUGGAGUCUGAGGAGGGGAAGGAUGAGGAGGCGAAGGCCGAUGAAGAGUCUGAAUCCAAAGAAGUUGCUGCUGGUGCAGACAAAGAGCAGAAUACUGAGAAGAAACUUCUCAAGGGACUGGGUAAAGAGGCCGCAUCCUUAUUGCAGAGUCUGAACAAGCUGGGCUCACCAGAAGAGAAGGUGGAAAUGGUGUUGAAGAAAUACAGCGAGCUGGUGGACGAACACAGAACUGAGAAGAAACAGCUGGAGCAGUUUCAGCAGAGACAGGGUCUUCUGGUCAAGCAGAGAGAUCAGCUUCAGUUCGAACACAGUCGUGCCAUUCUGGCCCGCAGUAAGCUGGAGACACUCUGCAGGGAACUUCAGAGACAUAACAGGACACUGAAGGAAGAGAGUCUGCAGAGGCUGCGGGAGGAUGAAAUGAAGCGGAAGGAGAUCACCACUCAUUUCCAGAGCACACUGGUGGACAUUCAGAGUCAGAUCGAGCAGCACAGCAACCGCAACAACAAGCUGUGCAAGGAGAACAGCGAAUUGGCCGGCAAACUCAAGACCAUUAUAGAGCAGUACGAGCGGAGAGAGGAGAGUUUAGAGAAGAUCUUCAAGCACAGAGACCUACAGCAGAAACUAUCUGAUGCCAAGCUGGAAGAAGCCAACAUGCUGCUCACUCAAGCUGAAGAGAAGCACAAGAGAGAGAAGGAAUAUUUACUCACUCAGGCUGCAGAGUGGAAACUACAGGCUAAAGAGCUGAAAGAGCAGCACACAAUCAUGCAGGCCCAGCUUGUGUUGUACUCCCAGAAGUUUGAUGACUUCCAGAACACUCUGGCCAAAAGCAAUGAGAUUUAUGUCACCUUCAAACAGGAAAUGGAUAAGAUGACAAAGAAGAUGAAAAAGCUGGAAAAGGAGUCCACUACAUGGAAAACGCGGUUUGAAAGCUGCAACAAAGCGCUUGUGGAAAUGAUUGACGAGAGAUCGGAAAAGGGCAAAGAGUUUGAGCUCUUCACACUGAAAAUCGACCGUCUGGAGACACUCUGUCGAGCAUUGCAGGAUGAAAGGAAAAGUUUGUACGCCAAGAUUAAAGAGAUACGGUUCCCAGAGAAGAUGACGGCAGCACCUGUGGUGGACAUACCACCGAUAGAUGAACUUCCAGAGCUCGUCCAGACUCCCAAUCCCAUGUUGACUGCAGAGAUGGAGAAGCUGCGAGCAGAACAGGUUCGUUUACAGGAUUUUGCAGCUUCCCUGCUAAAUCCCAUACCAGAUGUUGCUGGAGAGUCUGAUAGCGAGGAUGAGGAAAAAGAAAAAGACAGUCCAGCAAUUCCUGAGGCUCAGUCAAUCAAACAAGCAGAUCAACUGGAAUCAACACAAGAGCAAUCCUCUACCACAAAAGUUAUUGAAGAGAAGCCCACAGCCACCAAAUCUGAGAUGGAUUCCAAACUUCCUGAAGCUCCCCAACUUGAGUCCAUCAAACCAGUUGAUCAACUGAAAUCAACACAAGAUGAAUCCUCUACCAUAAAAGUUACAAUCACUGAAAAGAAGCCAACAAGUCCUGCAACCACCAAACCUGACACGGAAUCCAAAAUUCCUCCAGAGCCUUUUCCAAAAGACACCAAACCAGUGGAUAAACUGGAAUCAACAGAAGAGAAAUCUAUCACAGAAGAUCUGAAACCAGAGGUUGCUGUAAACGCAGUGAAGCCUUUAAUACCAACCAUUCUUGAAGAUGCCAAACCUGAGAUGGAAUCCAAACUUCCUGAAGAAACUCUGAAACUAGUGGAUAAACCAAAAUCAACACAAGUUAAAUCCUCUACCACUGAGAAACAGAAUACAGAGAAGCCAUCAGUACCAACAAUUCCUGAACUCACCAAACCUGAGGUAGAGUCCAAACUUCCUCAAGAGGCAGGAAAACCAGAGUCUGCCAAAGAGGAACCAAGACAGGAAGAGGUGAAAAAAGCAGAAGACACGUUCAAACAGGAAUCCGCUCAGCCAAAGCCUGUCGUGAAAGAAGAGAGCAAAGAUGAAGCUGUUAAACCUGAGGUACCUGAACCGGAGCCACCCAAACAAGAGCCACUUAAGGAAGAGGACACUCAGAAAGCCACAGCUGUAUCUGAGGGAGCCAAAGCAUCAGCGAUAAAACCCAAAGCCCCGAAAUCCCAAGACGCCAAAGCGAAGGCAAGCAAAGCCCAGCCUAAAAAACAAACUCCUGCUAAGAAGAAAGGUGCUGCCAAAGGCCCAAAUAAAAGCUAAGCUGAAAUAAACUAUACAAUAAGUUUUUUUUUUUUAAUGAUUUCAAGAUCAGUCUGUUUUUGUAGUUAGACCUGCGUCUUCCUAUACACUAGUUAUACGUUACAUACUGAAGAUGAUAGACUGGUCAUAGACUACUUUCUUAUAAGAAAGUUUACUUCAAUGAUGAAGUCCUGGUUUUCUCAAUGUAAUAUGGAUUUUUUGUUGUUGUUGUUGUUGUUGUUGUUGUUGUACGGACUUCUCUCAGCACCCACAAAUAAACAUCUACGUUUGACGAUUCUAGCAAAUUUGCUCAUACCAAGACAUUAGUUAUAUGGGUCUUAUUUAUUGACAAUAGUUAAAGGGUUAGUUCAUCCAAAUAUUCCUUUGAGGUCCAGACCCUCAAACAGUCCAUAUGGCUUCAGUGGUUCAAUCAAAAUAUUAUCAAACUAAGUACAUUUGUACACAUAUAUAACAAACACAACAACCUCAUUGAACAGUUUCUCCUCAGUGUCAGUACAGCGGGGAAUAUAAGCAUUGAACGUUAUGUUUUUUUCUGGGAAUAAUCCUACUAAAGAAGCUGUUUACAUAGAAUUGAACCAGAUUUUGGUAAAAACCAAACAAUACAAACAUAAAAAUAUUUUAAAAAACUAAAAAAACAAAACUGAAUAAUAAGUUAUGUGUAAUAACAAUGAAAUGACACAAGAAGAAAGUAGUGAACUUCUGAAAUGUAUUUAAUACUUUAUAUAAAAGGCUUUUUUGGUUAUGGCAGCUUAAAGACGCCUCUCAUAUGGAGAAUGAAGUUACAUGAAUUGCUCAGGGGCGAUUUUUUCACAGAUUUCAGCCGAGUGUAAAAAUCUUGAUGGUUCUGUGGGUCUCAUCUAUUAAAUCUGAUCUUUAAUUUGUAUUUUCUAUUGGACUUAAGUCAGGUGAUUGGCUGGGCCAUUCUACAGCUUGAUUUUCUUUCUUUGAAAGCAUUUGAGAGUUUUUUUGGCUAUGUUUUACAAUAGAUCAUUUUUUUGCUAAAAGGUCCACCCUAGUUUCAACUUCAUAUUCCUGAUAAUGUAGAUGUUGAACUGAAGCAGCUAAUAUUCAUUUACAAUGAGGAAGGGCAAAGGAUUGAUAAAUAACUAUAGAGUGAUUUCAAUUCCUGUCUGGGCUUUCACUGCCUUUCUACACUUCCCUUGGAAACUAAUUAGAUUUGUUUUCUUUACAUAUGUUGAUUUCUUCAGUUGUUACCAACAUCCGGGGAAAAUUUCAAACCAACAGCACCUUUAGAAAUAUGUUUUCUGUAAAAAAAGUGACAUGUUCAAUACUUAUUUCCCCCCGGUAUAUUGCUCAACUUAUAUCCCCCGGGGACCCACACACAACUUCCUUGCAUCUGGGGUAAUACAUCACACCAGCACAUAACAUGUGAACGCAUGCCCUAAAUUUAUAUAAAGUAGGUAUUUUUGUGUGCACAAAAGUAUUCUUGUAGCUUGUUAAUUUUCCGGUUGAACCACUGAAGGCAUAUGGUCUGUUUUGAGGAUGUUGUUUGCUAUUUUUCUGGACUAUUGAACAUGUCAGGAAUAUUGCUGUCUAUGUAUGAUGACUAAACUCUCAGAAUUCACCUAAAAUAUCUUCAUUUUUUUUUACGAUGAUGAAUGGCCUCAGCACAACAUAAGGAUGAGUAAUUAAUAACAAUGUUAAUUUUUGAGUGAACUACACUUUAAUAUGUUAACUCAUUUGAUCUAAUUGUGAGUAAUAUAUUUUCACAGCCUUUAUUAAACAUUGUGCAUUUUAAUCAAUACAAAUUAAGUUGCUUAUUGUUUGCACAUGCUUUCAGUGUUACAAAUACAUCUUUUAAUUAUGAAAUUGAUCAAACUAAGAUGAAUGGCAACACUUUCAAAUAUUGACACCCGCUUUGAAUGUUAUCACUCGAUUGAAUGGGCGUUAUUAGUGGUUAUCAGCUGAUAGAUAUGGGCCAGUAGGGGCCUUCAGUGUCUACUGGUAGGCUCAGAAGGCUGUUCUCAUCCAUCCAUAUGGUUAAUUAGCUAUACUAAAAGAGAAGACUGUAGAUCCAGAUCUGUUUUUACAUUGCUCUGAUGGUUCGGUGUGGGUUGGGGUAGAUGUUAAUAAAAUACAAUUAUUGGGAAAUCUAAUAAAUAAUAUAUAUAGUUCUCGUUAACUUUCCGCCACAGGCAGCCAUAUGUGAUCUAUAACUGAUUAACCAUGUGGAUGGAUGAUAACAGCUUUCUGAGUCUACCAGUGGGCGCAGAAGGCCCCUACUUGGCCCAUACUGUAUCUAUCAGCUGAUAACCACUGAUAACGCCCAUUCAAUCCAAUGAUAACAUUCGAAUCGGCUAGCACAGAUCAUGAGAUACCAGUUAAUGCAACAGGAACUAAAACAUUCAUUAACGAUUGGCACAUCCAUCUACCUAAUUAACAGAUUAAGAAAUAUAUGAAUUGCUGUGAAUUAAAUGUGUUGAUGUACUGCUAUUUUAUCACUAAUACUUCUUUGGCUAAUUGUGUAAAUUAAGCAUUAUUUAUGACAAUGCAUUUCGAACAUCCAGUUGUCUGCUUGAAUUAAUGAUUAGUUAAUACUUAGCAAAUAUAUUACUUUUUUAUAGGUCACACUUUAUUUUAAUGUACAAUUCACUCUAUUACUAAAAUAUUUACUAUUUAGAUAGACUUUUAGCUCAAUAAAGCUACUAUUUAGCUACUUAUUAUUAGUUAGUCAGGAAGCGGUUGGGUUUAAAUAUUGGGUAGGUUUAGAAAUGUAGAAUAAGAAUAUACUUCAUAAGUACUAAUAAAUAGUCAAUAUCUUAAUUAUAGGCAGGUAAUAAUAACCCAGUACCUAAACUAAAGUGUUACCUUUUUAUAUUAUGAUUUUACUUGUUGAGCCAUAUGACUUUUACUUAUUACAGUGUGUAUUAAUAAACAUUAUACAAGUC